UGAGUCCGCGGGGGGGGGGGUGGCGUCCCACGCACGGCGCUGACGUCGCGGGGCGGCGCGGGGUGGAAGGUCGUGAGCUCCCGCUCCCUUCCUCACGGCGGCCGGCCGGUCGAGCCGGGACCUCUCGGGACGCCAACAUCCGGGUGCCGAGGGGCGCAGGCGCAGUCGCCGCAAACAUGGCUGCGGCCGGCCGCCGGCGAAACGCAGCCAGACUGUGCGGGGACUCCCAGACUGACCCGUGCCCUGGCGCCCUGAGAUCGCCGCGCCUUUCCUGGGGUCCAUCCUUUUGGCCACGCGUGAUCCGUCUUCUGUGCUGCACUUCAGACUUGGGACAUGAGAUUGGAAGCAUCAGUCCAGAAUGUUCCUGAGGACCUACUAUCCUGUGACACAGACAUGGAAGGUCCCACAAGGGAGGCCCCCUGCUUCUCCGUUCCAAGUGGCGGUUGGGACUGUGAGAGCCACGAGAAACACUUGAGACAGUCUGCUUUAACUCAGGAGAAGCCAGUGGCUCAGGAAGUAGUCUGUGAAUAUCUUGGUUUUGGGGAGCAUUUGAGUGCAAGUUCAGGCUGUUUGCCACCUCAGAGAGUGCCCGCCACAAACGGUUUCCAUGAAUGUGAUUCAGAUGUUGAGAUUUUGGAUUGUGGAAGAACGUAUAGCCAUUCCCUGGAUGUCACUCAGUGUGGAAGAGGUCACAUGAGAGAGAAGCCCCAUAAAUACCCAGGAAAUGUUAAGUCUUUCAACCAUUUUACUCUCCUUGGUGACCAAAAACUGAUGAAAAGGGGCAGGAAACCUUAUCAAGGGAAGGAUGUUGGGGACAUCUUUGCUCUGAGCUCAUCUCUUCAUGGAAGCAAAAGUUGUCCCAUGGAGAAACCAUAUAAAUGCACUGAAUGUGACAAAUGCUUCAGACGGAACUCAUCCCUUGUUUUGCAUCACCGAACUCACACUGGAGAGAAGCCAUAUGCCUGUAAUGAGUGUGGAAAAUCCUUCUCCAAGAACUACAACCUGAUUGUGCAUCAGAGGAUCCAUACAGGAGAGAAGCCCUAUAAAUGCUCUAAAUGUGGGAAAGCUUUUAGUGAUGGGUCAGCUCUGACACAGCACCAGAGGAUCCACACAGGCGAGAGACCUUAUGAGUGUCUAGAAUGUGGUAAGACAUUCAACCGAAACUCAUCCCUGAUUUUGCAUCAAAGAACUCAUACAGGGGAAAAGCCAUAUAGAUGUAAUGAGUGUGGGAAACCCUUUACUGACAUCUCCCACCUCACUGUACAUCUCAGAAUCCACACUGGUGAGAAGCCCUACGAGUGUAGCAAAUGUGGAAAGGCUUUCCGAGAUGGCUCAUACCUCACUCAGCACGAGAGGACUCAUACCGGAGAGAAGCCCUUUGAGUGUUUGGAGUGUGGGAAAUCCUUCAACCGCAAUUCCCACCUCAUUGUGCAUCAAAAAAUCCAUUCUGGGGAGAAACCCUACGAAUGUAAAGAGUGUGGGAAAACGUUCAUUGAGAGUGCAUACCUCAUCAGGCACCAGAGGAUUCAUACUGGGGAGAAGCCCUAUGGGUGUAAUCAAUGUCAGAAACUUUUCAGGAACAUUGCUGGCCUCAUCCGGCACCAGAGGACUCAUACUGGUGAGAAACCCUAUGAGUGUAAUCAGUGUGGCAAGGCUUUCAGGGAUAGCUCCUGUCUGACCAAGCACCAGAGAAUUCACACCAAGGAGACUCCAUACCAGUGUGUAGAAUGUGGAAAGUCUUUCAAGCAGAACUCUCACUUAUCAGUACAUCAGAGACUCCAUGACAGGGAGGGUCCCAGCCAGUGUCCUCAGUGUGGGAAAAUGUUCAGAAGAAGUGCAUCCCUUGUCCGACAUCAGAGAGCACACCCUAAAGACCAGCCUGUAUAAACAUAGUGGAUGCUGGGCCACAAUUCUCUCAGCUUAGUGUGAUGGCACCAUUCCCUGGUCAGUAGAGAAGAAUCCUCAGAGCUACCAGAGAAUUGAUGGACAAGCCAUUCCCUAGCCCUGUUACAUCUGUUAGUGGUGAAUCUCCUGGAGAAAAUACUGGAUGAUGAUAAAUGGGGAAGAGUGCUUCAGGAAUGACUGAGCCUAUGCAGAACAUGGUAGUGUGACACUGGAAUAAAAAAUCGGGGAAUGUCAGCAAGACAGUUCCCAAAGAGAUCCACCCCUUUCACAUGAGGAUACUCACACUGGGAAGAGCCUGUGUGAGUCCAACAAGCAAUCCCUAGGAAGAAUCCUGUGAGAAUGAAUGUUCACUUCAUGUACAUGAGCACCUGGAUAUUAACCUGUGUGAUCAGAAAGAGAAACUUUGGCAGGAGCUCAUGCUGAGCUUUUGUAUCAGCAAAGACACGCUGGUGAGCCAUCCCAUACACUGCUCCACCUGCAGCAGCCACAGGAUUGCAGUUAAACUUUGAUGUGUGAAUGAGCCAGAGUACUGCCAGAAUGCUAAGGACUCCUUAGAAGGGGAACUGGACCAAGGAGGUGCUGGUAGACAAGGAAGUCAUCCCUUUUAAGACUACAGCAGGCUCUUCUGUGAUGGAUGUCUGUUGAGGAAACAUGGUCCAUUGCAUUGGUGUUGAAACAAGAUCCCCAGCUGUCGGGUUUGCAUACCCAUUCCCACACACACCAUUGUUACCCCUGGAGGCCAUUUCCCAUUCAUUCCUUUCAGCCACUCUGAAUAAUUAUAGAGGUUUUGUUGCUAUGUUGAAAAUGAUUAUGAUGUUUCAAAAAGAAGGUGUAAGAGAUUUAUUAUCCUUACAGUCCACGUAAAGAUAUGUGUGCAUAUGGAUGUAGAUUAGAAGUAGAUGUUGGAGAAAUAAACAAAUGGCUUU